AUGGCCGAACACAACGGGACCGAAACAAAUGGCACCAAAACAAAUGGUAUCGGAUCUCACACCGUCCUUGAUGGUCGGAUUGCCAUUUCUCCUAAUGCACCACAGGAUGUUCCCCGUCUCCUGAAGGAAGUCAACGCCCUCAGUCAAGAUCUCAACAAGGGAAACCAGGAGGCCCGACUGAAGCUGAUAGAUGCGGCUCAGUCCGUUGUCCGAGCUUUGGAGACUCCACGGGAGACCCUGCUUCGCUAUUGCUGGGCAAACUCGACCGCUUUCGCGGCUAUCGAGACAUGCAUUGACCUGGGGAUUUUCCCCAUCUUAGCACAGAGCGACCGAUCGAGAUCGGUGACAGAGCUUGCAAAAGCGACUGGUGCAGAGCCAGAGUUACUAGGGCGUCUCCUGAAACACCUCGGUGCCAUGGGCGUGGUCGUGGAGACCGGGUUUGAUGAGUACCGUCGCAAUGGAUUCUCAACCGCAUUGGCGAUGCCUCGUUAUAGUGAUGCAAUUCCGUGCAUAAACGGCUGUACUAUUCCCUCCAUCUAUGCACUCCCAGGAUGGCUGAAAAACAACAACUACACCAGCCCGAACGAGGGCAAGAACUCCCCCUUCUCACUGGGAUUCAAGACCGACCUGCACUUCUUCGAGUUCCUUAGUGCCAAUCCCGAGUAUCCCCAUCUGGCCGGCCAGUUCAACAACCUCAUGUCCGCAUACCACCAGGGAAGACCUAGCUGGAUGGAUGUGGGAUUUUACCCGGUACAAGAUAACCUGAUUCAGGGCGCACGGACGGGGACCGACGAGGUGUUCCUGGUGGAUGUCGGUGGAAACAAAGGCCACGAUAUUGAGGAGUUCAAAACCAAGUGGCCGGAGGUGCCCGGUCGAUUGAUCCUGCAGGAUCAACCCCAUGUUCUAGCUGAGAUCAAGUCUCUGAAUCUGGCCAUCGAGGUCACGCCCCAUGACUUUUUCAAGGAGCAGCCCGUCAAAGGUGCGCGAACCUACUUCCUGCACUCCAUCCUACACGACUGGAACGACGAGACUUGCCAGAAGAUUUUGCGUCGAUUGGCGGAUGCCAUGACUCCCGGAUACAGCAAGCUGCUGAUCAACGAGAACGUGAUUCCCGAUACUGGGGCUCACUGGCAAGCUACCUCCCUGGACAUCAUCAUGAUGGUGGAUCUGGCAGCAAAGGAGCGUACCGAGCACCAGUGGUACGAACUGAUCGAGCCGACGGGCCUGAAGAUUGUGAAGAUCUGGUCGGCGCAGGCUAGUGCCGAGAGUCUGAUUGAGUGCGAGUUAGCUUGA